GCACCUACUACGACAACUGGAGCACCUACUACGACAACUGCAGCGACUACUACGACAACUGUAGCUCCCACAACAACUACUUCUGCAGCUCCUACGACAACAUCAACUGCAACUGAAGCUACGACAACAACCACACUUUCCACUACAGCUACAACUGACGGUCCGACAACAACCACACCUACUACGACAGCCACAACUGAAGCUCCUACAACCACUACAACGACAACUGCAGCUCCUGUGACAACUGCAGCACCUACUACGACCACUGCAGCACCUACUACGACAACUGUAGCUCCCACAACAACUACUUCUGCAGCUCCCACGACAACUGCAGCUCCUGCGACAACUGCAGUUCCUACGACAACUGCAGCUACUACGACAACUGCAGCACCGACUACGACAACUGCAGCACCUACUACGACCACUGCAGCGCCUACUACGACAACUGUAGCUCCCACAACAACUACUUUUGCAGCUCCUACGACAACGGCAGCUUCUGCGACACCUGCAGUUCCUACGACAACUGCAGCUACUACGACAACUGCAGCACCUACUACGACAACUGGAGCACCUACUACGACAACUGCAGCACCUACUACGACAACUGCAGCACCUACUACGACCACUGCAGCGCCUACUACGACAACUGUAACUUUUGCAGCUCCUACGACAACCUCAACUGCAACACCUUCUACAACUGCAGCUCCUACAACCACUAUGACUGCAGCAACUACUACGACAACCACAACUGCACCUACUGCUACAACCACAACUGCAGAUCCUACUACAACAUCAGUUGUAGUUUCAAGCACUGCAGCAGCUGAACCUGCAACAACUGUAAGUCCUACUACAACAACUGUAGCUCCUAAAACAGCUACAACUGCAGCAACUACUACAACUGAAGCUACGACAACAACCACACCUUCCACUACAGCUACAACUGACGGUACGACAACAACCACACCUACUACGACAGCUACAACUGAAGCUCCUACAACCACUACAACAACAACUGCAGAUCCUGUGACAACUGCAGCACCUACUACGACCACUGCAGCACCUACUACAACAACUGUAGCUUCCACAACAACUACUUCUGCAGCACCUACGACAACUGCAGCACCUACGACAACUGGAGCACCUACUACGACAACUGCAGCACCUACUACGACCACUGCAGCGCCUACUACGACAACUGUGGCUCCCACAAGAACUACUUCUGCAGCUCCUACGACAACUGCAGCUUCUGCGACAACAGCAGUUCCUAUGACAACUGCAGCACCUACGACAACUGGAGCACCUACUACUACAACUGCAGCACCUACUACGACCACUGCGGCGCCUACUACGACAACUGUAGCUCCCACAACAACUACUUCUGCAGCUCCUACGACAACUGCAGCACCUGCGACAACUGCAGUUCCUACGACAACUGCAGCUACUACGACAACUUCAGCAACUACAACAACUGUAGCUCCUAAAACAGCUACAACUGCAGCAACUACUACAACUGAAGCUACGACAACAACCACAACUUCCACUACAGCUACAACUGACGGUCCGACAACAACCACACCUACUACGACAGCUACAACUGAAGCUCCUACGACCACUACAACGACAACUGCAGCUCCUGCGACAACUGGAGCACCUACUACGACAACUGUAGCCCCCACAACAAGUACUUCUGCAGCUCCUACGACAACCUCAAAUGCAACACCUUCUACAACUGAAGCUCCUACGACCACUACAACGACAACUGCAGCUCCUGCGACAACUGGAACACCUACUAUGACAACUGCAGCACCAACAACGGCCACUGCAGCACCUACUACGACAACUUUCCUACGACAACUGCAGCACCUACGACAACUGCAGCACCUACGACAACUGGAGCACCUACUACGACAACUUUCCUACGACAACUGCAGCUACUACGACAACUGCAGCACCUACGACAACUGGAGCACCUACUACGACAACUGCGCAACCUACUACGACCACUGCAGCGCCUACUACGGCAACUUUCCUACGACAACUGCAGCUACUACGACAACUGCAGCACCUACGACAACUGCAGCACCUACUACGACCACUGCAGCGCCUUCUACGACAACUGUAGCUCCCACAACAACUACUUCUGCAGCUCCUACGACAACUGCAGCUCUUGCGACAACUGCAGUUCCUACGACAACUGGAGCACCUACUACGACAACUGCAGCACCUACUACGACCACUGCAGCGCCUACUACGACAACUGUAGCUCCCACAACAACUACUUCUGCAGCUCCUACGACAACUGCAGCUCCUGCGACAACUGCAGUUCCUACGACAACUGCAGCUACUAUGACAACUGCAGCACCUACGACAACUGCAGCACCUACUACGACCACUGCAGCGCCUUCUACGACAACUGUAGCUCCCACAACAACUACUUCUGCAGCUCCUACGACAACUGCAGCUCUUGCGACAACUGCAGUUCCUACGACAACUGGAGCACCUACUACGACAACUGCAGCACCUACUACGACCACUGCAGCGCCUACUACGACAACUGUAGCUCCCACAAGAACUACUUCUGCAGCUCCUACGACAACUGCAGCUCCUGCGACAACUGCAGUUCCUACGACAACUGCAGCACCUACGACAACUGCAGCAUCUACUACGACAACUGUAGCUCCCACAUCAACUACUUCUGCAGCUCCUACGACAACUUCAGCUCCUGCGACAACUGCAGUUCCUACGACAACUGCAGCUACUACUACUGCGACCACUACAACGACAACUGCAGCUCCUGCGACAACUGGAGCACCUACUACGACAACUGCAGCACCUACUACAACCACUGCAGCACCUACUACGACAACUGCAGCACCUACCACGACAACUGUAGCUCCCACAACAACUACUUCUGCAGCUCCUACGACAACCUCAACUGCAACACCUUCUACAACUGCAGCUCCUCCAACAACAACCACAACUGCACCUACUGCUACAACCACAACUGCAGAUCCUCCUACAACAUCAGUUGUAAAACUGACGGUCCGACAACAACCACACCUACUACGACAGCUACAACUGAAGCUCCUACGACCACUACAACGACAACUGCAGCUCCUGCGACAACUGGAGCACCUACUACGACAACUGGAGCACCUACUACGACAACUCUCCUACGACCACUACAACGACAACUGCAGCUCCUGCGACAACUGGAACACCUACUAUGACAACUGCAGCACCAACAACGGCCACUGCAGCACCUACUACGACAACUGCAGCACCUACUACGACCACUGCAGGGCCUACUACGACAACUGUAAAACUGACGGUCCGACAACAACCACACCUACUACGACAGCUACAACUGAAGCUCCUACGACCACUACAACGACAACUGCAGCUCCUGCGACAACUGGAGCACCUACUACGACAACUGGAGCACCUACUACGACAACUGUAGCCCACACAACAAGUACUUCUGCAGCUCCUACGACAACCUCAACUGCAACACCUUCUACAACUGAAGCUCCUACGACCACUACAACGACAACUGCAGCUCCUGCGACAACUGGAACACCUACUAUGACAACUGCAGCACCAACAACGGCCACUGCAGCACCUACUACGACAACUGCAGCACCUACUACGACCACUGCAGGGCCUACUACGACAACUGUAGCCACAACAACUACUUCUGCAGCUCCUACGACAACUGCAGCUCCUGCGACAACUGCAGUUCCUACGACAACUGCAGCACCUACGACAACUGCAGCAUCUACUACGACAACUGUAGCUCCCACAUCAACUACUUCUGCAGCUCCUACGACAACUUCAGCUCCUGCGACAACUGCAGUUCCUACGACAACUGCAGCUACUACGACAACUGCAGCAACUACAACAACUGUAGCUCCUAAAACAGCUACAACUGCAGCAACUACUACAACUGAAGCUACGACAACAACCACAACUUCCACUACAGCUACAACUGACGGUCCGACAACAACCACAGCUACUACGACAGCUACAACUGAAGCUACUGCGACCACUACAACGACAACUGCAGCUCCUGCGACAACUGGAGCACCUACUACGACAACUGCAGCACCUACUACAACCACUGCAGCACCUACUACGACAACUGCAGCACCUACCACGACAACUGUAACUCCCACAACAACUACUUCUGCAGCUCCUACGACAACCUCAACUGCAACACCUUCUACAACUGCAGCUCCUCCAACAACAACCACAACUGCACCUACUGCUACAACCACAACUUCAGAUCCUCCUACAACAUCAGUUGUAGUUUCAAGCACUGCAGUAGCUGAACCUGCAACAACUGUAGGUCCAACUACAACAACUGUAGCUCCUAAAACAGCUACAAAUUCAGCAACUACUACAACUGAAGCUACAACAACAACCACACCUUCCACUACAGGUAAAACUGACGGUCCGACAACAACCACACCUACUACGACAGCUACAACUGAAGCUCCUACGACCACUACAACGACAACUGCAGCUCCUGCGACAACUGGAGCACCUACUACGACAACUGGAGCACCUACUACGACAACUGUAGCCCCCACAACAAGUACUUCUGCAGCUCAUACGACAACCUCAACUGCAACACCUUCUACAACUGAAGCUCCUACGACCACUACAACGACAACUGCAGCUCCUGCGACAACUGGAACACCUACUAUGACAACUGCAGCACCAACAACGGCCACUGCAGCACCUACUACGACAACUGUAGCUCCCACAACAACUACUUCUGCAGCUCCUACGACAACUGAAGCUCCCUCGACAACUGCAGUUCCUACGACAACUGCAGCACCUACGACAACUGCAGCACCUACGACAACUGGAGCACCUACUACGACAACUGUAGCUCCCACAACAACUACUUCUGCAGCUCCUACGACAACUGCAGCUCCUGCGACAACUGCAGUUCCUACGACAACUGCAGCACCUACGACAACGGCAGUUCCUACGACAACUGCAGCACCUAAGACAACUGGAGCACCAACUACGACAACUGCAGCACCUACUACGACCACUGCAGCGCCUACUACGACAAUUGUAGCUCCCACAACAACUACUUCUGCAGCUCCUACGACAACUGCAUCUCCUGCGACAACUGCAGUUCCUACAACUGCAGCACCUACGACAACUGCAGCAUCUACUACGACAACUGUAGCUCCCACACCAACUACUUCUGCAGCUCCUACGACAACUGCAGCUCCUGCUACAACUGCAGUUCCUACGACAACUGCAGCUACUACGACUACUGCAGCAUCUACGACAACUGCAGCACCUACGACAACUGGAGCACCUACUACGACAACUGCAGCACCUACUACGACCACUCUCCUACGACAACUGCAGCUCCUGCGACAACUGCAGUUCCUACGACAACUGCAGCACCUACGACAACUGGAGCACCUACUACCACAACUGCGCAACCUACUACGACCACUGCAGCGCCUACUACGGCAACUCUCCUGCGACAACUGCAGUUCCUACGACAACUGCAGCUACUAUGACAACUGCAGCACCUACGACAACUGGAGCACCUACUACGACCACUGCAGCGCCUUCUACGACAACUGUAGCUCCCACAACAACUACUUCUGCAGCUCCUACUACAACUGCAGCUCUUGCGACAACUGCAGUUCCUACGACAACUGGAGCACCUACUACGACAACUGCAGCACCUACUACGACCACUGCAGCGCCUACUACGGCAACUGUAGCUCCCACAACAACUACUUCUGCAGCUCCUAUGACAACUGCAGCUCUUGCGACAACUGCAGUUCCUACGACAACUGGAGCACCUACUACGACAACUGCAGCACCUACUACGACCACUGCAGCGCCUACUACGACAACUUUCCUACGACAACUGGAGCACCUACUACGACAACUGCAGCACCUACUACGACCACUGCAGGGCCUUCUACGACAACUGUAGCUCCCACAACAACUACUUCUGCAGCUCCUACGACAACUGCAGCUCCUGCGACAACUGCAGUUCCUACGACAACUGCAGCACCUACGACAACUGCAGCAUCUACUACGACAACUGUAGCUCCCACAUCAACUACUUCUGCAGCUCCUACGACAACUUCAGCUCCUGCGACAACUGCAGUUCCUACGACAACUGCAGCUACUACGACAACUGCAGCAACUACAACAACUGUAGCUCCUAAAACAGCUACAACUGCAGCAACUACUACAACUGAAGCUACGACAACAACCACAACUUCCACUACAGCUACAACUGACGGUCCGACAACAACCACAGCUACUACGACAGCUACAACUGAAGCUACUGCGACCACUACAACGACAACUGCAGCUCCUGCGACAACUGGAGCACCUACUACGACAACUGCAGCACCUACUACAACCACUGCAGCACCUACUACGACAACUGCAGCACCUACCACGACAACUGUAGCUCCCACAACAACUACUUCUGCAGCUCCUACGACAACCUCAACUGCAACACCUUCUACAACUGCAGCUCCUCCAACAACAACCACAACUGCACCUACUGCUACAACCACAACUGCAGAUCCUCCUACAACAUCAGUUGUAGUUUCAAGCACUGCAGUAGCUGAACCUGCAACAACUGUAGGUCCAACUACAACAACUGUAGCUCCUAAAACAGCUACAAAUUCAGCAACUACUACAACUGAAGCUCAAACAACAACCACACCUUCCACUACAGGUAAAACUGACGGUCCGACAACAACCACACCUACUACGACAGCUACAACUGAAGCUCCUACGAUCACUACAACGACAACUGCAGCUCCUGCGACAACUGGAGCACCUACUACGACAACUGGAGCACCUACUACGACAACUGUAGCCCACACAACAAGUACUUCUGCAGAUCCUACGACAACCUCAACUGCAACACCUUCUACAACUGAAGCUCCUACGACCACUACAACGACAACUGCAGCUCCUGCGACAACUGGAACACCUACUAUGACAACUGCAGCACCAACAACGGCCACUGCAGCACCUACUACGACAACUACUGCAGUUCCUACGACAACUGCAGCACCUACGACAACGGCAGUUCCUACGACAACUGCAGCACCUAAGACAACUGGAGCACCAACUACGACAACUGCAGCACCUACUACGACCACUGCAGCGCCUACUACGACAAUUGUAGCUCCCACAACAACUACUUCUGCAGCUCCUCCGACAACUGCAUCUCCUGCGACAACUGCAGUUCCUACAACUGCAGCACCUACGACAACUGCAGCAUCUACUACGACAACUGUAGCUCCCACACCAACUACUUCUGCAGCUCCUACGACAACUGCAGCUCCUGCUACAACUGCAGUUCCUACGACAACUGCAGCUACUACGACUACUGCAGCAGCUACGACAACUGGAGCACCUACUACGACAACUGCAGCACCUACUACGACCACUGCAGCGACUACUACGACAACUGUAGCUCCCACACCAACUACUUCUGCCGAUCCUACGACAACUGCAGCUCCUGCGACAACUGCAGUUCCUACGACAACUGCAGCUACUACGACAACUGCAGCACCUACGACAACUGGAGCACCUACUACGACCACUGCAGCGCCUUCUACGACCACUGCAGCUCCCACAACAACUACUUCUGCAGCUCCUACUACAACUGCAGCUCUUGCGACAACUGCAGUUCCUACGACAACUGGAGCACCUACUACGACAACUGCAGCACCUACUACGACCACUGCAGCGCCUACUACGACAAUUGUAGCUCCCACAAUAACUACUUCUGCAGCUCCUACGACAACUGCAUCUCCUGCGACAACUGCAGUUCCUACAACUGCAGUUCCUACGACAACUGCAGCUACUACGACUACUGCAGCAUCUACCACCUACUACGACCACUGCAGCGACUACUACGACAACUGUAGCUCCCACACCAACUACUUCUGCAGCUCCUACGACAACUGCAGCUCCUGCGACAACUGGAGCACCUACUACGACCACUGCAGCGCCUUCUACGACAACUGUAGCUCCCACAACAACUACUUCUGCAGCUCCUACUACAACUGCAGCUCUUGCGACAACUGCAUUCCUACGACAACUGCAGCACCUACGACAACUGGAGCACCUACUACGACAACUGCGCAACCUACUACGACCACUGCAGCGCCUACUACGGCAACUGUAGCUCCCACAACAAGUACUUCUGCAGCUCCUACGACAACUGCAGCUCCUGCGACAACUGCAGUUCCUACGACAACUGCAGCUACUACGACAACUGCAGCACCUACGACAACUGGAGCACCUACUACGACCACUGCAGCGCCUACUACGACAACUGUAGCUCCCACUCCAACUACUUCUGCAGCUCCUACGACAACUGCAGCUCUUGCGACAACUGCAGUUCCUACGACAACUGGAGCACCUACUACGACAACUGCAGCACCUACUACGACCACUGCAGCGCCUACUACGACAACUGUAGCUCCCACAACAACUACUUCUGCAGCUCCUACGACAACUGCAGCUCCUGCGACAACUGCAGUUCCUACGACAACUGCAGCUACUUCGACAACUGCAGCACCUACGACAACUGGAGCACCUACUACGACCACUGCAGCGCCUUCUACGACCACUGUAGCUCCCACAACAACUACUUCUGCAGCUCCUACUACAACUGCAGCUCUUGCGACAACUGCACUACUACGACAACUGCAGCACCUAAGACAACUGGAGCACCAACUACGACAACUGCAGCACCUAGUACGACCACUGCAGCGCCUACUACGACAAUUCUCCUACGAAGACUGCAGCUCCUGCGACAACUGCAGUUCCUACGACAACUGCAGCGACUACGACAACUGCAGCCCCUACGACAACUGUAGCACCUACUACGACAACUGCAGCACCUACUACGACCACUGCAGCGCCUACUACGACAACUACAACUGCAGCUCCUGCGACAACUGCAGAUCCUACGACAACUGCAGCUACUACGACAACUGCAGCACCUACGACAACUGGAGCACCUACUACGACCACUGCAGCGCCUUCUACGACAACUGUAGCUCCCACAACAACUACUUCUGCAGCUCCUACGACAACUGCAGCUCCUGCGACAACUGCAACUGCAGCUCCUGCGACAACUGCAGUUCCUACGACAACUGCAGUGACUACGACAACUGCAGCACCUACGACAACUGGAGCACCUACUACGACAACUGCUUCCUACGACAACUGCAGCUACUACGACAACUGCAGCACCUACGACAACUGGAGCACCUACUACGACCACUUCAGCGCCUACUACGACAACUCGCCUACUACGACAACUGUAGCUCCCACAACAACUACUUCUGCAGCUCCUACGACAACUGCAGCUCCUGCGACAACUGCAGUUCCUACGACAACUACAGCUACUAUGACAACUGCAGCACCUAUGACAACUGGAGCACCUACUACGACAACUGCAGCACCUACUACGACCACUGCAGCUUCCUACGACAACUGCAGCUACUACGACAACUGCAGCACCUACGACAACUGGAGCACCUACUACGACCACUUCAGCGCCUACUACGACAACUCACCUACGACAACUGCAGCAACUACAACAACUGGAGCACCUACUACGACAACUGCAGCACCUACUAUGACCACUGCAGCGCCUACUACGACAACUGCAGCACCUACUACGACCACUGCAGCACCUACUACGACAACUGCAGCACCUACUACGACAACUGCGGCACCUACGACAACUGA